CCACGAAUGAACAAUGUCACAUGAUCUUCACGCGAGUUGAACAUCACAUGAUUCUUUGUUAUAAAUCCUCACUUUACAAGAAGUGGACAUAGAAGAAGGAUGAAGGGUUUAGCGCUGUUACUUUUGGGGGUUAUUGUAUCCAUGUGCAAUGGACUUGAAAGGAUCAAAUUGCACAAGAUGAAAUCUGUAAGGCGUACUCUCCAUGAAGUUGGAACAUCAAUUGAAUCUCUUAGAUUGAAAUAUAACAGUUAUCCCAUAGAUGGCCCAGCUCCUGAGCCACUGUCAAACUAUCUUGAUGCUCAAUACUAUGGACCAAUUACCAUUGGUACCCCUCCUCAGAGUUUCAAUGUUGUGUUUGAUACUGGGUCAUCAAACCUGUGGGUACCAUCUAAGAAGUGUAAACUCUCAGACAUUGCCUGUUUACUUCACCAGAAAUAUGACAGCACCAAAUCGUCAACAUACAAGGCUAAUGGAACAAAAUUUGAGAUCAGAUAUGGAUCUGGAUCUCUUUCAGGUUUCCUAAGCACAGACACUGUUACAAUUGGAUCUUUGAAAAUCACUGAUCAGACAUUUGCAGAAGCCACCCAGCAGCCAGGUAUAACAUUUGUUGCUGCUAAAUUUGACGGUAUUCUUGGUAUGGGAUUUAAAACAAUCUCUGUUGAUGGUGUAACACCAGUAUUUGAUACAGCUGUUGAAGAACAUUUGGUUCCAAAGGCAGUUUUCUCAUUCUGGUUGGACAGAAACCCGCAAGCUGAAAGUGGUGGUGAGCUGAUCUUUGGAGGCAGUGACCCAAAAUAUUACACUGGUAAUUUCACAUAUGUACCUGUCACUAGACAAGGAUACUGGCAAUUCAAAAUGGACAGCAUCACUGUUGGCUCUAGCACUUAUUGUGAUGGUGGAUGUCAGGCUAUUGCUGACACUGGCACUUCACUUCUUGCUGGACCCACUGAGGAAAUUGCAAAACUUAACAAACAGAUUGGUGCUACACCCAUUGUCGGAGGAGAGUAUAUAGUUGACUGUGGCAGCAUAGACAGCCUUCCCCCAGUUGUGUUUACACUUGCUGGAAAGGAAUUCACUCUUACAGGAGCAGAAUACGUCCUAAAGGUCAGUGAGAUGGGAGAGCAAAUUUGCAUAGUCGGAUUUAUUGGACUUGAUGUACCCAAGCCUCUAGGUCCGUUAUGGAUUCUUGGAGAUGUUUUCAUCGGCAAGUACUACACAGAAUUUGACGAAGAAAAUAGCCGUGUAGGGUUUGCUACAGCUGUACAGAAUACAACACAGUCCAUGAGAGAAAUGCCGAUGUACAGGUUACAGCCGGCUAAAACUGUCAGGGCCGACAAGAAAAUUUCUGUGAUAAUGAAUUAAACACUUUAUCAAAAUCUAUGGAUAACUCGAGCAGUGCCUGGCUUGUGUUAAUUUGACUAACUGUUAUCUCUUCCCUCAGAUUAUAUUCAUUUGGAAAGCAAUCCUUUUACUAGGUGUUUUGUUAUUCCAUCAAAAAUGACUGCUGGUAUGAUAUUUGUUAGAUAAAGUUGCAUCAUAUUAGAAAUUAUCAUAAGCUUUUAACAAAUAUAAAAUUUUUAUUUAAGUUAUAGGAAUUGGAAAAAUAAUCGCAAAUUUUUUAAUCAGACUGAUUUAUAUAAACAUCACAGUACUGGAAAAGGAAACGUUUGUGCUAUAUAGCAAGAAAAGUGCUCAUUUUCAAAGAUCUGUUUCUUUAGAAUAACAGUUUAACCGCAUAUAUAAUUUGCCAUACAGUUAUAGUUUUUGUUGUGUCAUCAUGUAUGAAAUAUCACAUAAUUCU